GUUAGAUACAAAUACAAACACCAUAACUAUAUAUAUAUGAGGAUUUGAUGGUAACCUCGAAAAGGGUCUCCACAAAUCAUCAAAUAACGAUCUGGGUCAUCCUUAGUUUUUCGAUUCAGUACCAAAAAAAGUAAGAAAAAUACUACAUGUGCUCUCUGAAAGUGGCGAACCAGAGAACCCCCAACGAUGCUAGUUUCAGAGCUCAAGAUCAAGGCCAUGGCGGCGGAGACCAAGACCGAGACCUUGACCAGCAGCAAAUGAAUAUACUGAACCAAUACGGUGUCGUUUCGCCGCCUCACCCUUCUCCUUCGCAAAUGUUUUCUUCCGGGUACAGCAGUCCGACUGAGAUGUCCGCCAUUGUUUCGGCUCUAACGCAUGUCGUUUCGGGAAGCAGGUCAAGAGUUGGUGGUGGUGGUCGUGGUGAUCAGUUUUGGGGAUACGACAAUCGUUUUGGUAGUGGUGGUGUACAAGUUUAUGCUUCUCCUUCUCCUCCUAACUCGAGCGAAACAACUUUCUCUGGUGUUACUACGGCAUCUGGUUCGGGUUCUGGCUCUUGGACUGGUCAGAAGAGAGGUCGUGAUGAGCAAGCUGCUUCGGCUCAUCGUGUUCUCGUAGACUCUGCUUCUGCUUCUGCUCCCACCAGAGCUUUUCGAGGAGAUUUUAGACCAACUCCGGCCGAGUCUUCCUCAGCUAGUGCAACUGAAGAAGUUACAACAACUAUGUCCGCCGCUUCCACCGCCGCAGGCCCCGUGGUUCCGGCGACGCCGUCGAGCGAGGCGGCGACGCCGGAAGAAUCCGGCGAGAGAAGAAGAAGAUACAGGGGAGUGAGGCAGAGGCCGUGGGGGAAAUGGGCGGCGGAGAUUCGGGACCCACAUAAGGCUGCCAGAGUCUGGCUCGGAACCUUCGAUACGGCGGAGGCCGCCGCCAGAGCCUACGAUGAUGCCGCCCUGAGGUUCCGCGGAAACAGAGCCAAACUCAAUUUCCCCGAAAAUGUUCGAUCACUUGUACCGCCUCGUCAGAACUUUCAGGCGGCGCCAGCGCCGGCACCGACCCACCUAACCAUCGCCAAUUCUCCGGAGACCCUUUUAGCGGCGCAGCCAAAUUUCUACCAGGCGACACCUUAUCAAGGCUCCAAUUCUGACGCUCUCCGUGACUACCUUCAGUACUCUCAGCUACUCCAAAGCUCCGGCGACUUCCAUGGACAGCAAUUACAGCAACAUCAGCAGCUGCAACAGCCACCAAGCUUGCUUGAACAGAUGAUCUACAAUUCUCAAUUGGCUUCUCUUCAGUCGCCAUUGAUGAUCCCUUCUUCAUCUUCUUCAGCUGCCUCUACUCUGUUCCCUUCCUCUGUUUCCUCUUCCACCUCCUCUGUUUCACAUCCCCUGUUCUUCUCCAGCCAAGCACAGCAGCAGCCCCAGUUAUAUUUCCGGCCCCUACCGGAAAAUCAAAAUCCGGCGAGCAGCUCUGAUUAUCCCGGACCGCCAUGGCCCAAUCCUUCCGGCUACAAUCCACCUCCUUCCUCUGGUUGACACUAAAAUCAUUCCCUUAUUUAUUUUUUACUAUUUUUUAUUUUAAAAGAGCAAAUUACGAAAUUACCCUAUGGUUUUGUUUUAUUUUUUUUUUCUUAUGAAACAUUUUCAUUUAAAUCCUUACCAUUAUUGUAAAGGACAAGAAAAAUAUUACAAAAGGGGACAGAGAUAUAAAGUUAGAUUAGAGGAGGAAAAAAACAAAGCAGCAUAAUUUGGAGUAUUUUUUUUUUGAGGACAUUUUUAGUUUUUAUUUAAAGAUUUGAUGUUACUUUCUCUCAAUCAUAGAAAGAUGUAGAAGCCAUCUUCUUCAUCUCCUUCCUUUUUAAUUUUUUUUUUAAAUUUUUGUUUGAUCCUUGAGCUGUCUGGAUUUUACUUUACAGUUCAAGAUCACCUAAUGAAUUUGCAUUUGUUUUCUUGUUUUUAAA